AUGCAGAAGGCUCGAUGCUUGCAGCGAUAUGACAGCCGGAUAAUCAUACACUUCGACUAUGAUUGCUUUUACGCCUCCGUGGUGGAAAAUGAGAACCCUGUUCUCAAAUCCGUGCCUCUCGCGAUUCAGCAGAAACAGAUUGUGGUAACUUGCAACUACGAAGCUCGGAGGCGAGGCCUUCGCAAAAUGCAGCUCAUCACUGAGGCCAAACGAGUUUGUCCAGAGGUCGUGAUUGUUCUUGGUGAGGAUUUAACUAAGUUUCGUGAUGCAUCCAAGGACUUGUACGGAUUUCUGCAGCAACGCAUCUGGAGCGGAAGGGCAGAAAGACUCGGGUUCGAUGAAGUUUGGCUAGAUUGUACCGACAUGGUCGACUGCAACGCAGACUUACUGAACCACAACGACCUCGCUCACUCUUUCUUCUGCCUAAACAGGGACGAUCCUACCAUUGGUUUUGAAUACGAUGCCUCGAGCGUGUUUGGUCCCACUUAUCCUGUUGCUCCAACGAGCUCGAUUCGGUUGUCGGAGGAAGAGGAACGAUUACGCCUUCGCUUGGUGCUUGGAUCCCACCUCGCCCGACAUCUUCGUCAUGAGCUGGAGUCUCAGAAAGGGUACACGGCGACUGUGGGAAUUGCCACAAACAAGUUGCUGUCGAAACUGGUGGGCAAUGCCAACAAGCCCCAAAACCAGACCACGAUCAUGCCGCCAUUUGAGUCUGUCGGACUACCAAACACCGUGACAACAUUUCUUGACGAGCAUGAUAUCGGUAGAAUUCCUGGAAUUGGCUUCAAGCUCGCUCAAAAAAUCCGGGCGCGUGUGCUGGGUCGGCAUUCAGAAUUCUCCGAAGGGCUUGUCUACGGAGGCACAAAGGAGUCAAUAUCCGUGCUCGAUGUUCGUUCCUAUCCUGGAAUGGGACCGGAACUGCUUGAAGAAGUCCUUGGUGGUCCAGGUUCGCCCAAAGGCAUCGGUGGAAAGAUCUGGGAGCUGAUUCACGGAAUUGACGACAGCGAAGUGGGCAAGGCGAAGCGUAUUCCCUCUCAGAUCAGUCAAGAGGACUCGUACAUGAAAUACCUGCACACCUUUGAAGAGGUCAAGAAACAGCUACAUCUCCUGGGUGAAAGAUUGAUCCGCCGUAUGCACAUGGACCUCCUGGAGGACGUCACGGAGUCAUUCGAUACGGAGGCAGCCACUCGGCGUCGGCGAUGGAUUGCACAUCCACGCACAUUGCGCUUGUCCACAAAACCUCGACCACUACGCAGUCCAGACGGCAUUCGAGCAAGGGCAUUCCAUCGCAUCUCCCGGUCAGCGCCCAUGCCCAAUUUCGUGUUCAGCCUGACUGAAACACCUUCUCUUCUUGCAAAUCGCUUGGUGGAGGAAGCUCUGGUGCCUAUGUUUCGCAAACUUCACGAGAAGGCUGGCUGGAAUCUCAGCUUGAUCAAUGUCGCGGCGACCAAUAUGGCAGAAGCAGCGGCUGAGAAUAAAGAUAGCGAGGGGAGAGACAUUGGCAGGAUGUUCCGGCGGCAGGACGAAGUCCUCAAAGAUUUCAAAAUCACCGUCGAACCAGAUUCUCUCGAAGAAGCUCUUUCGCUUGGGUUACCCACCACAGCGAAGACAAAAUCAAACGCUGAUUUCCAGGACGGUGGUGAAUGGGACUCCGACGAUAGCGGGAGCCCCGAGGCGGAGCGAUGCGAUAUUUGUCUAAAGAUCAUUCCAUCGUUUGCAUUGGCUGCGCAUCGGAGGUACCACGAACUGCUGUAG